AAUUUUCAAUUGUUUAGCGUACAACUCGGCCUUGACUCCCUCCUCUCCGAUUAUGGACUUGAGGCAGUUCUAUCUCGCCCUAACAUAAUUGAUGACAAAGGAUUGCUUUUUGGCUCUCCUAGUUCUACUUCAUCAUCUCCUCCCCUCUCUGACUCGCCUUGUGAUCAGGUACUACUUCAUUUGUUUUUUUNGUUUCGCAUAAUAUUUAGUUGUUUUUAUUUGCGAAACGGCAACUCUAACACAACCAACCGCUCAGCUUGUACUGGAUGUAAGUCUGGUGAGCGUGCAUCCCAUUACUGUCAAGAGUGUACUCACUACCUUUGCACCAACUGUACGAUGGCUCAUCAAUACAUGCACUGCUUUGAAGGGCAUCGCGUGGAACCGAUUUGCCAGGUUCAGGUUCAAACCUAUCGAAAUGCUGCUACUGGGUAUUUGCUCCCAUUUUCUCUUACUUACGUAUACGGACUAUGUUUUCAGCCGUCGAUGCCACCAUCUAAUGCUGCUUCUGCACAUGAACGAUCCUGCAAGUGUCUGCAACAUCGUGCGCAGCCCUUGCGUUUCUUCUGCUUAACAUGUAACCUGGCGAUUUGUCGCGAGUGCACCCUGGUCGAACAUGCCCAACCUGCACAUCAGUAUGAACCCAUCACUGAGGUUGCUGACAAGCAACUGAGUACGAUGGAAAUGCUGGUCAAUGAAGCUCGGAACAAACACAUGGAUCUGCUAGAGAUGUUCAAACAGGUGGAUGCAUCUCAGCAACGAUUAAGUGCUAGUCUAAGCCGAGCUCACUCACAGCUUGAUGAAAACGUCAAUGCUUUGGUGCGUAUCAUUGAUGAGGCGCGUAAGUCUGCAGCCAAGGAAAUCGAUACCGCGUUUUCUGCCAAACAGAUCCAGCUAACCAUGGUGGAUAAACGUAUCCAACAAAUGACCGAGAAACUUAGUCAGACGAUCGACUUCACCACGAGGCUUGUAAAAUAUGCGUCGCCUACUGAAGUUAUGGUGUUCAAACAGCUUCUUGAUACCCGCCUCCACCUGUUCCUUACAUUUAAUCCUGAUGUAAGUGGAUUACUUUCAUUUAAUGUCGACUUCGAGAACAUUGGGCAUUUCAGGCGUCAAAUGCUCUUGGAUCCUCUUCUCGUGCGCUCCCCACCCCAAGCUCACAGUGUUCCCCUUGCGCCAAGCGUGUUCUCUGACUCUAACAACUUCCUUCGUCCGAGAAAUGAAUUUGGUGGUUCUAGCCAGUCUCUCGGAAAUUUCGCCAGCGACGAUACAUGUGGUCUGCCGGUUUACAACCAUUAUGACAAAUGGUCAAUCGGAGUUGAGCCCAGCCUGGGCAUGCUUGAGCCAGGAAACAUCGAGGACGAAAAGAUGGGCCCAUUAUAUCCACCAAGCCGAUCCCAGAUAAGUCGUCAGAAGAUGAUUUAUCACUGUAAGUUCGGUGAGUUCGGUGUGAUGGAGGGUCAAUUCACUGAGCCUUCCGGUGUGGCUGUGAAUGCCCAAGGCGACAUUGUUGUUGCUGAUACCAACAAUCACCGUAUACAGGUGUUCGAUAAGGAAGGGCGUUUCAAGUUCCAGUUUGGUGAAUGCGGCAAACGCGAUGGGCAACUGUUGUAUCCUAACAGGGUAGCGGUUAACAAAAUGACCGGCGAUUUCGUUGUAACUGAGCGAUCUCCGACGCACCAGAUCCAGGUGUACAACCAGUAUGGCCAGUUUUUACGAAAAUUCGGGGCCAACAUACUUCAACAUCCCCGUGGUGUUUGUGUUGACACCAAGGGCCGGAUAAUCGUAGUGGAGUGCAAGGUGAUGCGGGUGAUCAUUUUCGACAUGUUCGGAAACAUUCUGCAGAAGUUUAGCUGUUCUCGUUACCUCGAAUUCCCGAAUGGAGUGUGCACCAACGAUAAGAAUGAGAUCCUCAUUUCCGAUAAUCGUGCUCACUGCAUUAAGGUAUUCUCCUACGAAGGACAGUUCCUCCGUCAGGUUGGGGGCGAAGGGAUCACCAAUUAUCCUAUCGGUGUGGCCAUCAAUGCAAUGGGUGAUGUCGUCGUGGCUGACAAUCACAACAAUUUCAAUCUCACUGUGUUUUCCCAGGAUGGCGCUAUGAUUGGAGCUCUUGAAUCCAAAGUGAAGCAUGCCCAAUGCUUUGAUGUGGCGUUGGUGGACGAGAGCAGUGUUGUUCUGGCAUCGAAAGACUACCGCCUUUAUCUGUAUCGUUUCCAACUCUUUGUUCCCACGAGUAGUGCGUAUGUCUCCACGUGA